CUUUCCCCGUACGGGAUGAACAGACUCGCGGCCACCGCGGGGCCCCAUGGAGCAGCCGCCGCCGCCGCCGGCCCGCCCGCCAGUGACCACCUCCUUGUUGGGCAGCCCACAGCCCGACGCCCCCUCCGCGGCCGGCGCGCCUGGCGGGACUUCCUCGGCGGCGGCGGCGGCGGCGGCGGCCGUGCGCUCCUUCAGCACCCUGGCGACCGCGGCGACCGCAGCGGCCGCGGCGCUGGGGAACCAGAGCGACGGGAGCGGGGGCGGCACCGCUGCCGCCCCCGCUGGCGGCGGCCUCGGCGGGCUCGGGGUGGUGGCGGCGGCGGCGGGGGCGGCGGGGAGGCCGCCGCUGGGCCCUGAGGCGGUGCAGCUACUGUCGCACGGGGCCGUGGUGGCGGCCCAGGCGCUCGUCCUCCUGCUCAUCUUCCUGCUGUCUAGCCUGGGCAACUGCGCGGUGAUGGGGGUGAUCGUGAAGCACCGGCAGCUCCGCACCGUUACCAACUCCUUUAUCCUGUCCUUGUCCCUCUCGGACCUGCUCACGGCGCUGCUCUGCCUGCCCGCCGCCUUCCUGGAUCUCUUUACGCCCCCCGGGGGCUCGGCCCCCGCUGCUGCCACCGCCGCCUCCAUGGGGCCCUGGCGCGGCUUCUGCGCCGCUAGCCGCUUCUUCAGCUCGUGCUUUGGCAUCGUCUCCACGUUCAGCGUGGCCCUCAUCUCGCUGGACCGCUACUGCGCCAUCGUGCGUCCGCCCCGGGAGAAGAUCGGCCGUCGCCGCGCGCUGCAGCUGCUGGCGGGCGCCUGGCUGGCGGCCCUGGGCUUCUCCUUGCCCUGGGAGCUGCUGAGGGCACCCCUGGAGCCCCCGGCGGCGCAGAGCUUCCACGGCUGCCUGUACCAGACCUCCCCGGACCCCGCGCAGCUGGGCGCGGCCUACAGCGUGGUGGUGGUGUCCUGCUACCUGCUGCCCUUCCUGCUCAUGGGCUUCUGCCACUACCACAUCUGCAAGACCGUGCGCCUGUCGGACAUGCGCGUGCGGCCGGUGACCACCUACGCGCGCGUGGUGCGCUUCUUCAGCGAGGUGCGCACGGCCACCACCGUGCUGAUCAUGAUCGUCUUUGUCAUGGGCUGCUGGGGGCCCUACUGCUUCCUGGUGCUGCUGGCUGCGGUUCAGCAGGCCCAAGCCGCGCAGACCCCCUCGCCCCUCAACGUGGUGGCUGUCUGGCUGACCUGGGCCAAUGGGGCCAUCAACCCUGUCAUCUAUGCCAUCCGCAACCCCAACAUUUCGAUGCUCCUUGGGCGCAACCGGGAAGAAGGCUACAGGACUAGGAAUGUAGACCUUUUUCUGCCCACUCAGCGCCCGGGUUUACGAGCCCGAAGCCGCAAUCGCCUUCGAAAUCGCUGUGCCAACCGGCUGGGACCCUGCAGCAGGAUGUCCACUUCGAACCCAGCCAGCGGUGCGGGAGGGGACAUAGCCAUGUGGGCCUGCAAAAAUCCAGUUGUGCUUUUCUGCCGGGAGGGGCCAGCAGAGCUUGUGGCAGCAGCGACCAAACGACCUAAAUUGGGAACCGGAGAUACCAGCUUCUAAGAAGGAUUGGGAGAUGAAUUCUGUAAGAUACGACAACGUGUUGGUCAUGCCAAACUAUGUUCAUCUAUAGCCUAACGCCCUCGGAUGUCACAGGGGGACAACUGGGACAUGAUGUCUUGUUGUAGAAGCAAAGACCAAUGGAAAAAAAAAAUUACAACUUUGUGGUGAUUAGACCCACACCAUCCAGAUAUUAGGUAAACCUCAUGGCAUUCUAGUUAAAAAAGAGCAAUUGGGGUAACAAGUGUUUCUAUAACAGAACAAGAAAAAGUUAUUACUAUUAAAAAGACCCAGGUGCUGGUUUCUUUUACAGAACAGAGAGACCAAAGCAAAUGGCCAUCAGACCACUCUCCUGACAUCAAAGGCUC